CUCUCCACAGCACAACCACAUCCACCGAAAAUUCACGAAGGAUGGUGGGCUUACAAGGAAGUGGUGCAGGGCAGCUUCGUACCAGUGCCGUCGUUCUGGGGCCUGGUCAACUCCGCCUGGAACAUGUGUUCGGUCGGGAAGCGGCAGUCGCCGGUCAACAUCGAGACCAGCCACAUGAUCUUUGACCCCUUCCUCAAGCCCAUAAAGCUGAACACUGGCGGACGCAAGGUCGGAGGGACGAUGUACAACACAGGUCGACACGUGUCUCUGCGUCUGGACAAGGAGCAUCUGGUGAACAUCUCUGGAGGACCCAUGACGUACAGCCACCGCCUGGAGGAGAUCCGGCUACACUUUGGCAGCGAGGACGGUCAAGGCUCCGAACACCUGCUCAACGGACAAGCCUUCUCUGGAGAGGUUCAGCUGAUCCACUACAAUCAUGAGCUGUACACAAAUUACACAGAAGCUGCCAGAAGCCCCAACGGACUCGUCAUAGUGUCCAUAUUCAUGAAGAUCGCCGAGACGUCAAACACAUUCCUGAAUCGAAUGUUGAACAGAGACACCAUCACGAGAAUAACGUAUAAAAAUGAUGCGUAUCUACUGACCGGCCUCAACAUAGAAGAGAUUUACCCAGACACGAGUAGUUUUAUAACGUAUGACGGAUCAAUGACCAUCCCUCCGUGCUUCGAGACGGCCACGUGGAUCCUGAUGAACAAGCCGGUUUACCUCACACGCAUGCAGAUGCACUCGCUGCGCCUGCUGAGUCAGAACCAGCCGUCUCAGAUCUUCCUCAGCAUGAGUGACAACGUCCGCCCGGUGCAGCCGCUGAACAACCGCUGCAUCCGCACCAACAUCAACUUCAGCGUGCAGGGAAAGGACUGUCCCAACAACAGGGUGCAGAAGCUCCAGUACCGAGUGAACGAGUGGUUGCUUAAGUAGCCUGAGCAUGGAAGAUGGAGAUGGAGAGAGGAAAGGAUGGAGGGAAGGAAGUAAGGAAGGAUGUGAACGCUGGUUUUGAAGGCUGCAUCUCAUCAGAAAAAAACAAAAAAUGUUCCAUGGCAUUGUACAAAGACGAACAACCGCACCAGACAUUCACCUGGAUUUUUCGGGAGCGAAAACGGACUCGGAUUCUUUUCAUACAUGUUUGAAACCCUCGAUCUGACACAUGCUAACAAGCCCCGCCCCUCCCCUGCCCCGCCCCCUACACUGUACAACUAUAAUAUCUGUUUUGAUACCGAUAAAUAACACUUUUUUUGGGAGAAAAACAUUCAAAAAAACAAAAAAGAGACUUAAAAACAAAAAAGUGAAUAAAAACUCUUAAAAGCAUUUAUGUGACUUUUUCCUCCCGAUAGCAGGACGACGUCGGGACUUUAAAGCCUUUGUACAUACAAAAUGUUGCGAUCAAAAAAGAAGAAGAAACACCAGGACUAAGUCACUGCCCCGCCCCCAAUCCCCCAUGACCACACCCACCCCACCCGCCCACUCUGCCGGUCAAGACUCAGUGGUCCGACCUCGAUUCACGUGGAUGUUUCAUUCCAGUCACAAACAAACAAACAAAGGCAUGCAAACAAACAACGAGAGAAGAAGAAGAACGAAGGGAAAACUCCGCCUUAUACCGAGAAAAAAAAAACACUAGAGUCACGCCCCGCGGUGUCUCGGCCAUCGUUUGUACAUAUUAUAAUUAUCAAUAAUGCAGAACAAUGAAUAUGUAAAGAAAAAGUCAUGAAUUAUCACUGGAAAAAGAUAUAUUAUUAUUAUUAUUAUUAUUAUUAUUAAGAGGAGUUUUAGAAACGCUUGGCGCACUUUUUUGAAUUCUGGAAAUGCGGCUCUCGGUCGACGGAGCCGAUGCCUUUUUAUUUUAUUUGUGUUUAUUUUUUGUUACGUUUUAUUGUUUACAAAAUGGUCAUUCACUGUGUUUGAGUAAACGUUAUCAGCCCCAAAUAAAUGUGUCGGAAAAAUAAAAAACAAACUAACACACACAGCUGUUAUUUGGGGAGAGGGAAAACUGCUUCACGGCGAUGACGAGCUGACGUUUGUUGUACCUGUACCUGUUUUGUACUGUUCCAUAUUAAAUGUGUUUGAAAUGUCAA